AGUUUUUAAACGCUCAAAACCGGAAGAACUUUUUUUUGGAUAAAAAGUGCCUGCUUUGAUGUUAUGCUUAAAAUAAGGAUUUAGAAGUACAUAUAUCAUACAUCAUGAGUAAUCCAAUUCCAACUAAUUUGAAAUCGGAGGCAAAGAAGGCAGCUAAAAUUCUUAGAGAAUUCACUGAAAUAACUGCAAGAAAUGGGCCUGACAAGCUAAUUCCACCUCAUGUUAUUGCAAAAGCUCAAGGUCUUGCUAUCCUGUCAGUCAUUAAAGCAGGAUUUUUGGUAACUGCUCGUGGAGGCAGUGGUAUAGUAGUGGCUCGUCUUCCAGGUGAUCGCUGGUCAGCCCCUUCUGCUAUUGGCAUUGCAGGACUUGGAGGAGGGUUCGAAAUUGGAAUUGAAGUGUCAGACCUAGUUAUAAUUCUAAAUCACAAGAGAGCAGUUGAAGCUUUUGCAAAGGGUGGCAACUUAACACUAGGCGGAAAUUUUACUGUUGCAAUUGGACCUUUAGGCAGAAACAUUGAAGGUGAUGUUUCAGUUCGAAGUCCUGCUGCUGUGUAUACCUACUGCAAAUCCCGUGGAUUAUUUGCUGGAAUAUCUCUAGAAGGAACAGGACUAAUUGAACGAAAAGAUGCCAACAGAAAAUUUUACUGUCAGGAAAUUCGUGCUACUGAAAUUCUUUUAGGUGAUGUUGAGCCACCAACGGCAGCAGCAGAUCUGUAUGAUAUGCUUAACUCCUUUUGUGACAUGUAUGCAAACAGAGACUCGGAAAACACAAGACAGGCAUCAAGAAAGGUCAAUUAUCCGAAAACUAAGCCAUCUUACAGACCACCUAUCUCAAGUUCAUUUGAGAGACCAAGAGAACGAAGUUCAGAUUUUAAGUCUGAUGCUUCUGACUAUCAGUUUAAUACUCGUAGAUACCCUGGGAGUUCUGUAGAGGUGGUGGCUUUAUAUUCAUUUGAAGGUGAACAUCCUGGAGACCUGAGCUUUAAUGCUGGAGAAAAAAUCGCAGUCAUCACAAAAACUGACUCCCAUUAUGAUUGGUGGGAGGGACGAAUAGGAACAGAGGUCGGCAUAUUUCCUGCAAAUUUUGUGUCUCAACCUUAAGCAAUUGCUUAAUUGAUAUUUAUUUGAUGCUGGAGUAUUUUAUUUGCAGUGGAAAUAUCAUAUCCUAAUAAUGUUUUAGGGUAUUUUAAAAUAAUAUAUUUGCUUUGGUCCUUUUUAGACUUCUACUCAAAGCCACUUGUACUACUGUAAAUGAACACUAUAGAUAUAAAAACAUAAAUUGUACAAUACAUUUUAACGUUUUGUGUUGAUUUAAAAGUGUAUAGUUUAAUAAGAUUAAAUGCUUAUUUUUAUUAGUAUAUAAUUAAAUAGUAUUCUCUAAAUGGACUUUUAUCUGCUGCUACACAUUAUAAUAAAUUAUAUAAUUUCAACCUUG